AACUACUACCAACCGCACAUUCCUGUCACACUACCGGUCGCAAGUCAAGGUCCCGAACCUCUGAGCCCGAAUAACUGCUUCCUGUCCGUCCGCCAGCAACCUAAAGAGGCGCUGGUCGCGGUCAAGGGCAAGGAAAAGUUUCGGAAGCCUGUGGAUCCUCCACCCAUUCUCCAGCUCAACCUUCGGGAUCGUGCCGAUACCUCGAACAACUUCUUGCAAAACCCCUACAUCUUCCUCAGUGCAUCCCUGUACAAAGCGGACAGAGAUGAGCCCGUCGAACAUACUCCCAAUGAAUCCAUGGCCGGCACACUGGUGUCGUCCCUGCAUCGUCUCAAGGAUGUCGAUAACAAGGACGGCGGUUUCUUUGUCUUCGGCGAUAUUUCCAUUCGGAUCCAGGGUAGCUUCAGACUCUGUUUCACCAUGUACGAGUUUCAUCCUUCACAGGCGGAGUUCCAGUUCCUCGGCUCUCAAUUGAGCGAAAAGUUUGACGUCGUACUCCCCAAAGACUUCAAAGGUCUCGAAGAGUCAACAUAUCUCUCGCGGGCGUUCUCCGACCAGGGCGUUCGACUCAGGUUGCGCAAGGAAGCCAGAGGCAUGAUGAACAACAAGCGUUCGUUCCAAGCAGACACAGAGCCUACCUCGCAGACACAGAUCGCCCCGAGUUACGAGUUCCAGUCGUCUAAGAGGAGAAGGGAAGACUAUACUCUACCCUUAAACCCA